AUGGCCGGGAAACUGCGUGUGGCUGUCAUUGGCUCACAGACGCGCCACCCCGACACGCCGCUGGCCUACACGGUGUACCGCACGUCCGUGAACUACCAGGGUCUGUGCUAUCAACGGCUUAUUCGUUACCGGCAAUUUCGAUAUUUCGCAAAGCACCUGAAGUUGGGCCAAAACUCUGCACGUAUUACCGCGAAGUUUCCGCCCAAGAUCUGGUGGAGUCGCAAAGGCUCGCUACGACCCGAGACAGUGGAAGUUCGACAAGUGUUGUUGAAUGAGUUCAUGCAGCAAGUGUGUACUCGUUCAUUGACGGCUCAUAGUAAGGAGCGACUUUUAAAGAUGCUGCAAGUGGACAAGUAUGCUCCACAAGACGAGAAAGGCCGCGUGAUCGAUAGCCGAUUGGGCUCAGAGCAGCAGAGUGUCACUGUGAGAGAACACACGUCCGACGAGCAAGAUCACAAUCACUUUUACUGUGUAAGAAACGACGAGAUGUCAAUCAAAGACGAGGAAGAGCGAUCAGAGUCUUCGUGCAGCGAGAAGAACGAGUCUCGCACAGCGAUGCAAGUGCGGAGCGAUACAGACGAGUGUACGGAGCAAAUUCUCUUCCCUCCGAAUUCUACCUCGUCUGUCGAUUCGGGAAUGCAACAGAAUCGCUUUGUGCCGACAUCCCUGCCACCAAAGUCGCCGAACGCAAAGUGCGUGAUGUUCAGGGCGAGUGGCGAGGCCGGAGGUCCAAGUACAUCAAAGGAAGGAGACGGUAACUCGAUUAGCAGCUCAUCCGACUCUUUGUCCUCUCCUGAACGCUACUAUCUGGAUCGAAUCAAGCAGCAUAUGGCCAGCAUUGAGAACAUUGUGGACCGUGACUGCAGUGUCGACCUUCGAGGUAUGAGUACGGGCAAAUUAAGCCGACGGGAGUAA